AUGUCGAACGUGAGCUUACUUGAGCUGCAAUACAAGCUAUCUAAGAACAAGGUGUUGAGGAAGCCUUCAAGGAUGUUCUCUAGAGACAGGCAAUCCUCAGGCCUGUCUUCACCUGGAUCAGGAGGGGUCUCUCAGCCUACAGUCAACGAGAUGAGACGUGUUUUCAACAGGUUCGACUCGGACAAAGACGGGAAAAUCUCUCAGACCGAGUAUAAAGUGGUGCUGAGAGCUCUAGGACAAGAGAAGGCCAUCGAAGAUGUUCCCAAGAUCUUUAAAGCUGUGGAUUUGGAUGGUGAUGGGUUUAUCGACUUCAGGGAGUUCAUAGAAGCACACAAGAGAAGCGGAGGGAUUAGAUGUUCGGAUAUACGCAACGCUUUCUGGACUUUUGAUCUCAACGGCGACGGGAAGAUAAGCGCAGAGGAAGUGAUGUCCGUUCUUCGAAAGCUUGGCGAGAGAUGCAGCUUAGAGGAUUGCAAGAGGAUGGUGAAAGCUGUUGAUGCAGAUGGUGAUGGAUUGGUUAAUAUGGAAGAGUUCAUGAGUAUGAUGACUCAAACUAUCAACAUUGCCUAA